GGGGGGCGCCGGCGCUUCCGCCGGGCGCGUGUCCGGCCGACCGUUGGCGCGGGGGGAGGGGAUGGGGCUGCGGGCGGUGUGGGCGGCGGGGCGCCGGGCGCCGUGGCGGUGGUUGCCGGGGGUCCGCGCCCGCAGCCGCCGCCCCCCGCCGAGCUCCGCCGGGCCUCUGCGGAGCGUUCUGCAGCGGCUGGAGGCCCGCGGGGCGCCGAGCGGCCCCGAGCUGGCCAGCGCCGUGCAGCGGCUGCGGCGGAUGGAGCGGGACCUGCGCCACACCGAGCGCCUGCUGCACGAUGAGGAUGAAGAGUUAAGGAAACUUGCAGAAAGUGAAAUAAUUACCUGCCAGAAAGAGAUAGCUGAAUUGAAUCGUCAGAUAGUCUUUCUUUUGAUCCCUUCAGAAGAAGCGGAUGAAAACGAUCUGAUCCUGGAGUUGACGGCCGGAAUCGGAGGUCAAGAAGCCAUGCUGUUUACUGCCGAGAUGUUUGAUAUGUACGAGCAGUACGCAGCCUAUAAAAAGUGGCAUUUUGAAACACUGGAAUACUUUCCCAGUGAAAUAGGUGGCCUUCGCCAUGCAACUGCCAGCAUUGGAGGUCAUGAAGCGUACAAGCACCUGAAGUUUGAAGGCGGUGUGCAUCGCGUGCAGCGAGUGCCCAAGACCGAAAGGCAAGGCCGUACGCAUACAAGCACGAUGACCGUCGCGGUAUUGCCCCAGCCCACUGAGAUUAAUUUAGUUAUACAUCCUAAAGAUUUACGGAUUGAGACCAAGAGGGCUAGUGGAGCUGGGGGUCAGCAUGUGAAUACCACUGACAGUGCUGUCCGGAUAGUUCACGUUCCAACAGGCAUUGCUUCUGAAUGCCAGCAAGAGAGAUCUCAGCUGAAAAACCGGGAGAUGGCUAUGAAAAAGCUACGUGCAAAGCUAUACAGUAUUCAGCUGGAAGAGGAGACAAGCAAAAGAUACAGUGCUAGAAAAAUUCAGAUUGGAACCAAAGGAAGAUCAGAGAAGAUCAGAACCUACAACUUUUCACAGGAUAGAGUUACUGACCACAGAAUAAGUAAAUCAUUCCAUGACAUUGAAAGUUUCAUGCUGGGAGAGCGACUAUUAGAUGAACUAAUACAUUCACUGAAGGAAUAUUCAGAUUAUGAAGCUUUAGCUGAAAUGAUUUCAGAGAAGACAUAACUCUGGUCUUUAGUCCAUGAAACCGUUACAGCUGGGAUUCUGACAUUAUUCCUGAAUGCACACAAGCCUUGCCCUCAUGAAGAUCCAUAAAAUGCCAUUUUAAGCUGUACCUGUGUUGAUGAUCACUUUGGCACGCUCGGUAACCUUCAGUUGAUACAGUUGCAUUGCGUUAGAGUAAAACUACUCAAAGCAUAGUAAAUUUGGUUUCCUUGUUUUGA